GGAUCUUGCUCAGGGAAAAGUGGAAUCAAGUUGUCUGUGACAGUGGAGUCGCUACCACCAAGGAACUCGGGGCUGCUUCCUGGCCGGGAGUCGAAGUGGUCCCGGCUUGCUGGGGCGCUGCAUGGACGUUCUCGAGAGCUCCCGCGAACUUGAGGGUGGCUGCUGAGCCCCGACGCCGCCGAGAGCUCCUAUUCGCCUCCUGCAGCCACAACCCAGAGGGCAGUCGAGGGGCUGUCACCAUGAUCACCCGUGUCUUCAGAGCGCGCGUGUGGGCCCCGGUGGGCGUCCUGACCUCGCUAGCGUACUGCCUCCACCAGCGGCGGGUGGCGCUGGCUGAGCUACAGGGGGCCGACGGCCGGCACUGCGUGGACCGUAACCUGCUGGAGCUGAAAAUGGUGCAGGUCGUGUUUCGACACGGGGCGCGGAGUCCUCUAAAACCGCUCCCGCAAGAGGAGCAGGUACAGUGGAAUCUCCAGCUAUUAGAGGUCCCGCCCCAAACUCAGUUUGAUUACACAGUCACUAAUCUAGCUGGUGGCCCGAAACCACAUUCUCCUUAUGACUCUCAGUACCAGGAGACCACCCUGAAGGGGGGCAUGUUUGCUGGGCAGCUGACCAAGGUGGGUAUGCAGCAGAUGUUUGCCUUGGGAGAGAGACUGAGGAAGAACUAUGUCGAGAACAUCCCCUUUCUCUCACCAACGUUCAACCCACAGGAAGUCUUUGUUCGUUCCACUAACAUAUAUCGGAAUCUGGAGUCUACCCGUUGUUUGCUGGCAGGGCUUUUCCAGCGUCAGAAAGAAGGACCCAUCGUCAUCCACACUGAUGAGGCAAACUCGGAAGUCUUGUACCCCAACUACCAAAACUGCUGGAGCCUGAGGCAGAGAACCAGUGGCCGAAGGCAGACUGUCUCUUUGCAGCCAGGGAUCUCAGAGGAUUUGAAAAAGGUGAAGGAAGGGAUGGGUAUUGACAGCAGUGAAGAGGUGGAUUUCCUCAGCCUCCUGGACAACAUAGCUGCUGAGCAGGUUCACAGCCUCCCGAGCUGCCCGGCACUGAAGAGAUUUGCAUGGAUGAUUGAACAGAGAGCUGUGGACACAGCCUUGUACGUCCUGCAGAGGGAAGACAGGGAGAGUCUUCAGAUGGCAGUAGGCCCAUUCCUGCACAUCCUGGAGGGCAACUUGCUGAAAGCUGUGGACCCUACCACUCCACCUGGCAAGAUCAGAAAGCUGUACCUCUAUGCAGCUCAUGAUGUGACCCUCAUUCCUCUCUUAAUCACCCUGGGAAUAUUUGACCACAAGUGGCCACCAUUUGCUGUGGAUCUGACCAUGGAACUCUACCAGCACCAGGAAUCUAAAGAAUGGUUUGUGCAGCUCUAUUACCAUGGGAAGGAGCAGGUGCCGAGAGGUUGCCCUGAUGGGCUCUGUCCACUGGAUAAAUUCCUGAACACCAUGUCGCUUUACACCUUAAACCCAGAAAAAUACCACACACUCUGCUCCCAAACACAGACAAUGGAACUUGGAAAUGGAGAGUGACUGAUUUAUACAAGGCCAACAUGUUGAUUUUUCAAUAAAAUCCCUUUAUAUAAU